AUGUAUGAAUUAGACGAUGAGGUUUACAACUUACAGAAAUUUUCAUAUACAAAAACAAAGCUCUGUUUAAUCGAAAUUCGAAAGAAUAUUCUGUUCAUUUUUCAAUCAUUGAAAAAACCAAAUAGAAAAUUAAAUGACAAAGAACUGCAUGGAAAAGUACGUUUCAGCCAAGUUCGAUCGUACAAUCUAGAUGAAGCCAAAGUUGGUUUGUCGCCGGUGAACGUUCCUCGAUCGAAAUAUUGGUCGAAGAAAACACCGAUUGUCUUGCGAAACCUACGUUAUUUACGCACGGAAUAUUUGUCUAGUUCAUCGAAUACGGAGAAUCAAGGUCAGACGAAUGAAACAUUAUUCUUGUUUGCACGAACAUGUCGUAGUAAAGAAGAAUGGUUUUAUCGAUUUACUUACGCGUCUCAGUUAAAUCUGUGGAAAGACGAGAUUCAGUAUCAAUUAGAGCGCGAUCAAACAGUUCAAAGCACAAAGCAGAUCAGUGUCGCAAACUGUUCUAGAAGAACAAAUAGUGUGACAGACCCAAAUGAAGAUCAAAGAUAUCAACAAUGUACGAUGAAAUUCCUUGAACGGUCUGAUCGGUUCACUGCACUGGAUCAACUAUCUUAUAUAAAACCAGUUGAAAUUAUGCGUAAAGUUUUGCCUAAGUUCAGUGAAAAGAAAACGAGUGUAUACCCCAGAGAAUUAAACAAAGACAUUCCAUUACUAAGCUAUCAGAAACAGCAAUACUGUGAACAAUGGCUCGAGAAGCAAAGCCAUGGGAGAAAAACAAAUGUUAAUCCAAUGACAAACGAAUCCAAUCGUGAUAUUAACACAAACAGAUCAUUUUACCGAGACAAUGUGCAUCCGUAUCAAAGUGUUAAUCAUCCAUUAUUGUAUUUUGUAUUUAAAUAUCUACAACAAAUUCCACAUGAGAUUGAAAACCCAAUUUUACUGUUGAACGCUUUUUUUACUCGAUGUUUUCUCGAUUUAUUCGAUAAUGAAGAAUAUCUUGCACGAAUGCAAUCUUUUCUGCAGAAACAACUGGGAAAAAUCAAAUUCUCAUGGAUUGAACACAUUUUCAUCACUAAUCUCGACCUAGGCGACCGUUUACCUGAGAUCAAAGUAAGUUAUUUCCUAAUUAACAUAACCAUACAACAAUUUAGAAUAAAAAAGGACGUAUUCAAACUCUGGAUGGAUGAACACGGCUUUUGGUCACGCAUAAAAAUAGCUUAUAAUGGAAAACUUCAAUUAAAUUUGAAUAUUAAACUAAAAUGGCGUCGAAAGUCUCAUCUCAGGAAUCAGAAAUUAUCAACAACCAGUCGAGAAUCUAAGCACAUUCUUCCGCAAAAGACAUGGCGUCAACAUAUUUGGCCACCAAAUCGAUGGUUUCGACGCCAAUCGUGUCUUUCAAGAGCUGUAUUACCAAAAAAGACAAUAUCCGCGACAAAAACAACUAGGAUGACACUGAUAAUUAAAUUCGAACUCAACCAUCUUCAUGGUGUUCUGUUACUUAACAUUCCACCAAUUCCAUCCGAUCGUCUUUGGAUUAGUUUUCUCGAUAUGCCAACGAUGCAAUUUUCCGCUACACCGCAUUUCGGCGAAUAUCGUAUGCCAUUCUAUCGUGUAAAAGUCAAAUUAGAAGAAAAACUACGUGAAACAUUUCGCCGAUAUCUAGUAAUGCCCAAUAUGAAAGAUAUGCUUAUUCCAACAAUUCAUGAUUAUAUCCAAGAGAACGGUUUUACCGCAAUCCUUUCAAGCAACGCAGAGCACUAA